AAGCCAUUGAGAUGAAGGUGGUUAUGUCUCCUCGUUGCCUCAAGCUGGCCUGUGUCCGAAUGGUGGCUGUGCAUGGACGCACCUUUGAACUGAUGAACGACGCUGCAUUCCAGGACAUUGUGAAGUCAUAUUUGAAUGGAUUUCCUGCAAGAGAGAGGUAUGUUAGACUUUUCUACAAAAAUACUCGAACUGUUGCAUCAAUAAAUAAAGUGUCCAACCAGUGCACACUUUUUAGUAUGCAACUGACAGAUGACUGGUUUGCCAUCAAUGAUGCCUCUAUACGCACAAUGGUACAGGAGGAGGCUACUAGGUUACGCACCUACAUUAAAAAUGAGGUCAGAGGCAAGAUGGUUUCUCUGAAGGUAGACUCAAGUAAGAAGAAUGGUCGUCCCUUCUUCGGAGUGAACAUCCAGUUUGCUUCAAAUGGAGAAAUUCAGCUUCGCACUUUGGCCGUUAGGGAGCUGAUGGUGACACAGAGUGCUCAAAAUCUAAAACAAGAAAUUAUGGACAUAUUAGACAUGCAUGACAUUGUCGUCACGAACAUUAUUUCAUUCACAUCUGACAACGGGCAAAACAUUCUAAGGGCAGCUGAUUUGCUACGGACUAACCAAGAGGAGAGGCAAGACCUUAUUGAUGAAGAUCAAGAAGAGCUUGAUCUCUUCAUUGAACAGGAAGGUGUCCGCCUUGACAGCCUGAAGUGUGCUGCACACACACUUCAGCUAGCAGUGAUGGAAGAUUCGGUGAGAAAAAUUGACAGUGUGACAAAUCUUAUUAAAAAAUGCAGAGAAAUUGUGAAAACAUGUCGGACAGAAACAAAUAGAAAAAAAUUGAAGAGAGCUCGCCUGCCAAUUCCUGUUCAUGACAACGAUACUCGCUGGAACACUUCUUUUGCGAUGCUGGAAUCUCUGCUGAAAGUGAAAUCGUUUAUGGAAGAUGACAUUUCAGAUAAUUUUAGUGAAGAUGACUGGACUUAUGUAGAAUCUGUUUUAGAAUCCCUGGAAGCUACCAUGGUGGUGGCCACAAAGGUUUUACAAGCAGAGCAGCUCACACUAGGAUAUAUGUAUGGUGCGUGGGCUGAAUGUAAAAUUAAACUUGGAAAGGUAGGCUCACCCCUGGCUAGUCAAAUUCUGGAGUCUAUGGAGAAACGGGAAAGAAGAGAAGUUUAUGCUCUUAGCAACAGGCUGAUGGCUGGCCAAGACAAAGUACCACCCCUGUUUGAUUAUCCUGGGUUUUUGGCAGCCAUUUUUCUAGAUUUACGGUAUUUUGCCAUUUUGGAAGAGAGUGAUGUUGUCACAGCCAAGUCCUACAUUUCCAACCUGUGGACAAAAAUAGAAAAAAAUAAAAAUCCAAGACAUGAGAAUAUACCAGAGGGUGACCAGGUGGUGGAGGAAGAGGAGGAGGAUGAAGAUGAAGUAUCAGCAUUGCUUCGUGCAAGGGACAGAGGUCGCACUCGAAAUUUCACUUCAACCCAUAGAGACAUUUUUUCAAUGUAUGUAUGA